UUUAAUUUAGACUUUUUGCAUUUUUAAACAUGGUCAGAGUUUCCGUCUUGAACGAUUGUUUGAACAACAUUAACAACGCUGAAAAGCGUGGUAAGAGACAAGUCAUGAUCCGUCCUUCUUCCAAGGUCAUCAUCAAGUUCUUGUCCGUCAUGCAAAAGCACGGUUAUAUUGGUGAAUUCGAAGAAAUUGAUGAUCACCGUUCUGGUAAGAUUGUCGUUCAACUUCUCGGCCGUAUUAACAAGUGUGGUGUUAUCUCUCCUCGUUUCAACAUUAAGCUUACUGAACUCGAAAAGUGGACAGCUAACUUGUUGCCUGCUCGUCAAUUCGGUUACCUUAUCUUGACCACUUCUGCUGGUAUCAUGGAUCAUGAAGAAGCCCGUCAAAAGCACGCUGGUGGUAAGAUCCUUGGUUUCUUCUAUUAAGCCAUUCAAAUAAUAAAGAAAGAUAAUUAAAUAUUGUUAUGUGUAUAAACAUAUACGCAAUAUUUAUUAACAAAAGCAUGAAAAUAACCAAUUAUUGCUUUUAAUAUUUUUUUGUAUUGAAAUGUUUGUAACACUACUAUUCAUGCUACUAUCAUCGUCAUCAUCUUGUAAUUUACAUGAAGAAGGUUUAUAUCCAUUUUCUCUUAAUAAUUGAUGUGUCCAGGAUAAAUAAAGUCCUUCAUCAUCUUCAUCAACUGAAUUGACUGAUGAUAUUGUACCAUAAUUAUGAAUUAUCAUUGAUAAAGAUGAUUUGUCUAAUAGAUGAAAUGUUAAGAACACGCAAAGACAUGCUCAUUCUAUUAUUAAACCUUUUGAUAAUGGAUCAUAACAG